UAUAGGAAAAUGUCCAAGAUAGACUCAAAAACUUCGAUAACGUUGAUGAAGAAGGAAAGAGCAAAGCCUCAAAAUAGGUUCUGUGCAGAUUGAGAUACUGUUGGACCUGAAUGGAUCUCUAUCAAAUUCGGAACUUUCGUCUGUCUCAGAUGCUCAGGAAUCCAUAGAAGUCUUGGAACCCACAUUACAUUUGUACAAUCAGCCGUGCUUGAUUCCUUGAAGCUUCCAGUCAUAGAGCAGUACCAAGUAUUGAACAACGAAAUAAUGAACGAAUAUUACGAGAAGAACAUGCCUUCAGGGAUGAAGCCCACUGCCAACUCCAGUGCAUCGAUUGCAAAGAAGUUCAUUAAGGAUAAAUACGUGAAACAGCUUUGGCUCGAUGAAGAAGAAGAUGACCCCGUGUACCUCUACCAGAGCGGAAAAUUCGAAAAGCGUCAAAAGAAGAAAGACAAAAAGGAGAAAAAGAAGAAAGAUAAGAAGGAAAAGAAGAAAAAGAAGGAAGAAAAGAAGAGAAGAGAUAAAGAUAGGCAGGAAAAGGAGGAGCAAGCUGAUUUUAUUGACUUUGAAGAAGCCCAAGAUGAUGACUUUGGAGAUUUUCAGGAAGCUACUGGGGGUAAAGUGGAAGAGAAUGAUGAAGGAAUGGGUGAUUUGAUUGGAGGAAGUAAUGAUUUUGGUGAUUUUGUGACCCCUACUGAGGAUAAGGUAAAGCAUCAGGAUGAUUUUGGAGAUUUCAUAUCAUCUGGAGAUACUGCAUCAGGUUCUUCAGCUUUUAUAACUCCUCCAUCCGCUUCAGCUUCUAAUGCUUUUGGAGCUCCAACUAAUGAUUUGACUAAUAAUUUGUCAAAUCUAUAUAGUCAAUCUCAACCUAAGACUUCUGAACCUGAGAAUAAGUAUGCAGCAUUAGAAAAUCUUGGAACUGGCUUUGGACAACCUCAAUCUAAUAUGUUCACAGGAAUGAGUGUCGGUCAACCGAGCGGCUUUGGAGAUCAAUUCCAACCACCGUUUAACGGAGGAUUUGCUACUCAGACACAAAGCUGGGCAAAUCCUGCUUCGAACACUCAACCCACUUUCUCUCAAAACCAGUUCUCUUCCCAAAGUUCGUUCCCAAGCCAGAGUUCAGUUCCUCCACAGAGUUCUUUCCCUCAAUCAACUGGUUUCUCAGACCCAUUCUCUACACCUUCCUCGUUCACUCCAAGGAUGACUUCCCCUGCUAUGGAUUUAGGAUCUUCUGCUCCAAUGUCUACUGCACCACCAUACACAAAGCCGGCUGCUGGGUCUUCUUCACUACAAACUGACUUAUUCGGCUUGAAAGCGACACUUCAGUCAAACAACAAAAUUCAUAAGUACAACAAGCCUGUUGGAUCAGGGGCUGGAGGGUAUAUGCCAUCGAGUGCGAAACAGAGCGUGGGCUCCACCAAUGCCUUCAGUGGAUUAGUCUCAACCCAAUGGAAUGCAUAAAUAUGGAUUUUUAAACCUUUCAA